CAAUUACAUCAUUCCUCAACCAAACAUUUAAGUAAAGUAUUUGUUUGACUCCUUGGAAAUUACCAAACCCACUAGCUUCGAACUAAACUUAAAAAAAGAAAAAGAAAAAGGCUUCUAAUGUUAAUCAAUGUGUAUAUUAUCAAAUUGAUUGGCACUUCACUCGCAAACUCCACACAGAUUGAGGACUUGGAUUUUUGGAGCAAGACAGGAAGAUUGAUGGGGCUAACAUGGAGAAAGGAAUACUUGGAUUUUGUGCUGGUGCCAGUUGGUUUCUUCAUCUUGUUUGCAUACCACCUCUUCCUUCUCCUCAGGUACCUAAAAUAUCCACACACCACAGUCAUUGGCUAUGAGCAUCACAACAAGAGAGCUUGGGUCGACCGAAUGGUACAGGUUGAAGGUCGUCACAAAAGCAUGGCAAUAUCUGUGAUCACCAGCCAAGUGUCAGCAGCAACUGCCCUGUCUUCAAUUUCACUGGUUUUAUGCUCUCUUAUUGGAGCAUGGCUUGGGGGCAAUUCCGCCAUCAUCACCAAGAGCAGGAUCGUCUAUGGAGACACGAGCACGUCAACUGCUUCCAUCAAAUACAUAGCUCUUCUUUGCUGCUUCAUGGUGGCUUUUGGAUGCUUUGUUCAGACUGCAGGGUUCUUUGUUCUUGCAAAUUUCCUCAUAACCACGCCCGAUAGUGACAUUCCUGUGCUCCAGAUUGAGAAAGCAGUGAUCAGAGGAAGUACUUUCUGGUCAAUUGGCUUGCGGGCUCUCUAUUUUGCCAUCACUUUUCUCAUGUGGAUUUUUGGUCCGAUUCCUAUGCUGGUUUCUUCGGUGAUCACUGUGGCAGUUUUGCAUCAUUUAGAUACAAAUACCACGCCUUUGCAUCAGUACCAGCCAUCCGGAACUCGCCAUCUCAUGCAGAAGAACGGUCAGGGAUCCUCAGGCAUCAUCGCACCGGAACGGUUACUCACUUUGAUGCUAUGCUUCGGGUCGUUCUCUUUGGAGAAGGCCAUGGAUGAAAAAAGUGGGGAUCCGGCAAAAGCAGAAAGGGACUGUUGCCGGUUUACAAUGCGGAGUGGCCAAUGCUGUAUAUACAGUGGUGGGGUGAAGCCUUAAAAGUUUGAAAGCUGCCUUUUUCUCUUUUUCUCCUCAGUAACGAAUUGGCACCUUCUGCUGUGUAUUAAUGCAUGGCAACAUACGUCCAAACAUAGGAUUGGUGCUUUGGGAAGCCUCACGUGAAGUUUGCGUCAGACUUGCAAUUGGCUUUUCAGUUAUGCACUUUAACUUUUUCUUCUUUUUCUUUUUCUUUUUCUUUUUGGCAAAUUGCUUCAAGUUGGAAAGAGGAGAGAUCUAAUCCAAGUGUGUAUUGUCCACAAAAUAAUUUAUCAUAUGUCUAAUAGCGUGUAC